AUGGGCUUGUAUUCUCACCUGGAGGCUGAUAUGCUGCUGUUCACCUCACCCAUAACAUUUUCAUCUGGUCAACCAAUUCAUGCAAAUUCUGUGAAAUGGGUUCACAGUGCUGGCGUCGUACCCACUGGUUCACAUGUCAUUCCUGAGCCCGUACAUCCUAAACUCGCCACUCCUUCAAUCCCCAAGAAAAACCCAAGUUUUGUGCAAACUUCCCAGAGAGAUUUAGGGAAAAACACAGAUGAAUCCUGGAUGAAGUGUCCCUUUUACGGUUUCAAGGCCGCACCCUUGUUUAGAAUCAUCACACACCUUUCCUCCGCUGCAGGAAGAGUUCCGAUGAUUAAUGGCCCUGAAAUUUGGUUCAAUGGAGGAGAUGAACUCUUCCUCCCAGAAGAGUACUGCCCGACUGACCAUAGUGAUGGGGCCUGGUAUGGCAAUCGGGUGCUGAAGGACGAUCGUCUUUAUUUCCCUCCGGCAAGCAAGGAUGGUACUCGAUUUAUUGUCCAAGGCAAGGCAACAGCCCCAAUCGUCGUUGACAUCAGCCAGGUCAUUUAG